GUCAGUUUAAGCUCGACGCUGAAUACGCAAAGUCUCACUUUAAACAAAUAAAAUAAAUCGCUACGACGCGUACACAUUCAUACAUACAUACACAAACAAGCAAUAAUACACGAUCCGAUUACAAUAUGCCAGAUAAUGAGGAUGAGAGGCUGUGUUUCUAUGGCAUUUGGGCACGGCUACUACCAAUUCUCCUUAUUGGCUUAAUCGUUGUAUUGUUGUUGUGGCUGCUGCGCAAAUGCAUACAGGGUCCGCGUUAUCGCAAGGCGAACCGCAUUGAUGGUAAAGUGGUGAUUGUGACCGGCUGCAACACAGGCAUCGGCAAGGCAACCGCCUUGGAAUUGGCGCGUCGAGGCGGACGUGUUUAUAUGGCGUGUCGUGAUGCGGUGCGUUGUGAAGCUGCGCGUCUGGAGAUUAUAGAGCGCACUGGCAAUCAGCAUGUCUAUAAUCGUACUUUGGAUCUUGCUUCGCUGGCAUCUGUGCGCCAGUUUGCAACGCGUUUUCUGGGCGAUGAGCAACGUUUGGAUAUUUUAGUGAAUAAUGCGGGUAUUAUGGCCACGCCGCGCAAACUCACAGCUGACGGCUUCGAACAGCAGUUGGGCGUGAAUCAUCUGGGCCACUUUCUGCUGACAAAUCUACUGCUGGAGCGUCUCAAAGCAUCAGCGCCAAGCCGUAUUGUAGUCGUCAGCUCAGCCAUGUACAUUUUCGGGCGAAUUAAACGCAAUGACCUGAAUAGCGAACGCCAUUAUUCGAGCUUCUUCGGCGCUUACGCGCAAAGUAAGUUGGCAAAUGUGUUGUUUACUCGUAAAUUGGCGGAACUUUUGCAAGGCACUGGCGUAACAGUGAACUGCUGUCAUCCUGGCGUAGUGCGCACUGAAUUGGUGCGACAUAUAAAAUUUCCAGGCUUCGGUUUGUUGCAUUACCUGGUGCAGUUCUUGUGGAAGUCGCCGGAGGAUGGUGCGCAAACACAACUCCGGCUGGCGCUUGAUCCAGCCUUGGAACUCUGCAGUGGCGAUUACUACAGCGAUUCAAUGCGCUGGCCGCUACUACCGUGGGCAAAGAACAAGGACACAGCCGAUUGGCUAUGGACGGAGAGCGAGAAACUGGUGGGACUCAGCGAGAGCGCGAAGCACAACGAAAUGGAAGUGGUGACAGUGAAUGGCUCGUAGGCUUAGUGGUUCAAAAACCGCAUUAUAAAUAGGUAUAGGGUUUAUAUUUUUUUAUAUAAGUAUGUUUGUAUGUAAGCGAACUAUCGGUAUAACGAAUGUAAUAAAAGUUUCUCAGAAACAUUAACACAAAA